AAAAUCCUUUUUCGUAACCGUCACAAUGAGAGAAAUCGUUCAUAUUCAAGGAGGACAAUGUGGUAAUCAAAUUGGUGCCAAAUUCUGGGAAGUCAUUUCAGACGAACAUGGUAUUGACCCAACAGGAACAUAUCACGGAGAUUCUGAUCUUUAAUUGGAAAGAAUUAACGUUUAUUACAACGAAGCAACAGGAGGAAGAUAUGUCCCAAGAGCUAUUCUUAUGGAUUUGGAACCAGGUAUCUUAUAAAAUUAAUGAAUUUUAGGAACUAUGGACUCUGUCAGAGCUGGACCAUUCGGACAAUUAUUCAGACCAGAUAACUUUGUUUUCGGACAAACAGGAGCUGGUAACAACUGGGCCAAGGGUCACUAUACCGAAGGUGCAGAAUUGAUUGACUCAGUCUUGGAUGUAGUUAGAAAAGAAGCUGAAGGAUGUGAUUGCUUAUAAGGAUUUUAAAUCACUCACUCAUUGGGAGGAGGUACCGGAUCAGGAAUGGGAACCUUGUUGAUCUCAAAGGUUAGAGAAGAAUAUCCAGACAGAAUCAUGGAAACAUUCUCAGUUGUGCCAUCACCAAAAGUGUCUGACACAGUCGUUGAACCAUACAACGCCACCCUUUCAGUCCAUUAAUUGGUCGAGAAUGCUGAUGAAUGCAUGGUCAUUGAUAACGAAGCCUUAUAUGAUAUUUGUUUCAGAACAUUGAAAUUGACAACCCCAACAUAUGGUGAUUUGAAUCACUUGGUCUCAGCUGCUAUGUCAGGAGUUACAUGCUGUCUUAGAUUCCCAGGUCAAUUGAACUCUGACUUGAGAAAAUUANUUGGCUUUUCAGGUACCAUAUACAUGAUAUUAAUUUAUUUUAUUUUAUCAAUAAGAAAAAAGAGUGAAAAUUAAUAUGUAUGAUAAUCACUAAUAUAUAUAUUAAAUAAUUAUUGUCCAUUUAGCAUAUAUAUUAAAAUAGAUGUUAUUUUCAAUAUGAAAUGAUUAUGAUAAUUAAGAUAGAGGCUGUUGAUAUUAAAUCUAACUUAAAAGAAUUUUAUUGAAUAAAUGUGAAGGAAAGAAUAAAAAUAUAUUAGUUUUAUUGGAAAUACCAUAUAUACAAGAAGGAGAGAACUAUUAUAUGUGAAUAAGAUA